CUCAGGUUCCAUUAAUCUGUCUCAGUAUUUCAGCUUUUUUAUUUCCAAAAAUUAAAGAGGGAGGGAAAAGGAUGUCGAUGUUAAGGCGCAGGAAAGCUUCUGAAAACGAGAAAACCUCGAAUUUGGAGGUUUCUAAAGGAGCUGAAAGAAGGGAUGAUGAAGAGGAGGAAAAGGAGAAGCAUAGAAAGGUGACGAAGAAGGUGGAGGGAAAGAAGAAAUGGUCAUGCCUUGAUAGCUGUUGCUGGUUCGUUGGUUGUAUCUGCUCGAUUUGGUGGAUUCUACUCUUCCUCUAUAACGCGAUGCCGGCUUCUUUCCCUCAAUAUGUAACGGAAGCGAUCACCGGUCCCUUGCCCGAUCCGCCUGGUGUGAAACUUCAGAAAGAAGGUUUGAAGGUGAAGCAUCCUGUGGUGUUUGUUCCCGGAAUUGUCACUGGUGGGCUCGAGCUUUGGGAGGGGCACCAAUGUGCGGAUGGACUGUUCAGAAAGCGACUCUGGGGCGGUACAUUUGGAGAAGUCUAUAAAAGACCUCUAUGUUGGGUAGAGCACAUGUCACUGGACAAUGAAACUGGAUUGGAUCCUUCUGGUGUAAGAGUUAGGCCUGUCACUGGACUUGUUGCAGCAGAUUACUUCGCGGCUGGCUAUUUUGUGUGGGCAGUUCUGAUUGCCAAUUUGGCUCGAAUUGGAUAUGAGGAGAAAACCAUGUACAUGGCUGCAUAUGACUGGAGACUUUCAUUCCAGAAUACUGAAGUACGGGACCAAACCCUGAGCAGGAUAAAAAGCAAUAUAGAACUCAUGGUGAAUACAAAUGGUGGCAAAAAGGUGGUUGUUGUUCCACAUUCAAUGGGUGUUCUGUAUUUUUUGCAUUUCAUGAAGUGGGUCGAGUCACCAGCUCCAAUGGGUGGUGGUGGUGGGUCAGACUGGUGCGCUAGGCAUAUAAAGGCAGUGAUGAACAUUGCUGGGCCAUUUUUGGGUGUUCCAAAAGCAGUCGCAGGACUUUUCUCUGCCGAAGCCAAGGAUAUUGCUGUUGCCAGGGCAAUUGCACCUGGUGUUUUGGAUAAGGAUGUAUUUGGUCUCCAAACUUUGCAACAUGUUAUGCGGAUGACCCGCACUUGGGAUUCAACAAUGUCAAUGAUACCAAGAGGUGGAGAUACCAUUUGGGGUGGUCUUGAUUGGUCACCUGAAGAUGGAUAUUUAUGCUAUCCAAACAAGCACAAAAACAAUGAUACUGCUGUUGCAGCCAAUAUUGUGACAGAUAAUGUGGUCAAUCAAACAAAAAGUGCAAAUUAUGGAAGGAUGAUAUCAUUUGGGAAAGAUGUGGCAGAAAUGGAUUCCUCCAAGAUCGAGAGGACAGAUUUUAGGGGUGCUGUCAAGGGUAGUAAGCUAUCAAAUAUGACCUGUCAUGAUGUAUGGACAGAGUAUCAUGAUAUGGGCUGGUCAGGUGUUAAAGCUUUGGUGGACUACAAAGUUUACACAACUGGAUCAAUUUUGGAUCUGCUUCACUUCGUCGCCCCUAAGAUGAUGAAACGGGGAGAUGGUCAUUUUUCAUAUGGGAUUGCCGAGGAUUUGGAUGACCCUAAAUAUAAUCACUUCAAAUAUUGGUCGAAUCCCUUGGAAACAAAAUUACCAAAUGCUCCUGACAUGGAGAUCUAUUCUAUGUAUGGAGUUGGUGUCCCGACAGAAAGAGCAUAUGUAUACAAGUCAACUCCAGCUUCUGAAUGCUACAUUCCAUUUCAAAUUGAUGCCAAAGCUGAUGGUGAAAAUGAGGGUAGCUGUCUCAAAGGUGGAGUCUUUACAGUGGAUGGAGAUGAAACUGUGCCUGUUCUUAGUGCUGGCUUCAUGUGUGCAAAAGGUUGGCAUGGUAAAACCCGUUUCAAUCCAUCAGGCAUCCAAACUUACAUAAGGGAGUAUGAUCAUGCCCCUCCAGCUAAUUUUCUGGAGGGCCGGGGCACCCAGAGUGGUGCUCAUGUUGAUAUAAUGGGGAAUUUUGCAUUGAUUGAGGACAUAAUGAGAGUAGCAGCAGGGGCUAGAGGAGAAGACUUGGGUGGUGAUCGAGUUUACUCUGAUAUCUUCAAUUGGUCCGAAAAAAUCAAUUUACAGCUAUAGUGUCUGCAGGGAUUUCAAACCAGGGCUGUGGCAGAUGUAUAAUCUUUUCAUCUUAUCCCUCUUUUCCUGAAGCUGGCAAAACAAGCAGGUUGACUGG